GGGAGUGGGGAGGAGAGAAUUAACAAACUAGAUGACACAAAGGAACAAAAAUACACAAGACAGGGUAAGAGAUGUAACAUACAUAUAGCAGUUUGAAGUCCCGGGAAAGGAGAAAAAAAUGGGGAGAAGCAAUGUUUGAACAGAUAAUAUCUGAGAAACUCCCCAGACUGAUCAAAGACAUCCAGUCACAGAGUCAAGAAACUAGGAGUCCUAGAAUAAAUAAAUAGAAAGCCACACCUAGCAACUCAGCUGUCAACCUAAUUGAACUUAAUAUGCCCUUUCUUCUCUGGCUGCCUGUAAAUCACCAGUUUUUCAAAUGCUGUUAGAACCAGCUGUACCGUCCUGCUGGGUCCUUCAUUCGUGGCUUGAAUGUGAUCUUUGACCCUGUAUUUAUUUUAUAUUUGCAUGAGUUAUGUUUUUAAACUUUUUGACAACUAUACUUUGAAUAUACAUGAAACAUAGGAUUCAUAAGACAGUACUUUUUUUUUCUUCUUGCAGUAAGUUUUCUGUACUGUUACUCUUUUCAUUUUAUUAAAAAUAAUUCUGGCCAUCAUCUACGAAAUCUGGUCUCAAUCUGCAGUUUGAAAUAUCCUGCCUUGGCAGACGCGGCAGGGAGGUGCCUGGAGGGAGAAUUGAAUUUAAAAAAAAAACAAACCACGAAUAUUUAGAUUUCUUUGUUCAGCGGCCCCUCUCCAGGGAUCAGAUGACUGGCCCCCCUCGCUCCGAACUGACUCCGGGAUCAAUCCGGACGGCCAUUGGGAGAAGCCGAGGGCAGCUUAGCCGCGGCCGGUUCCCGUUCCCUCCAGGACGCGAGGGUCGCCUUGGGUGGGGAACCCGCGACCGGGCGAGGACCUAUCCCGGUGUGGGGCUUCCCGAUUUCGAAAGAAUCUCGCUGCACCCCCGCCCAGAGUUCAGACCAAGCGAAAAGUUGUUUGAGAGGCCUCGGGGGCGCGGGGUCAGGAGUCGGUGGCGGAGGCCUUGGUCGGGGCGCCGUGGAUAUCCCCGAGUCAUCGCGUCCCUCUCCUGCAGCCCCCGCAUCGCUGGGAGGAGCGAGGGAGUGAGCAGGAAGGGGUCUAGUUGGCCUUUGCUCGGCCCUCCCCAGCGCCCGGCUUUGAACCCGCCCUGCACUGCUGCCUGGGCGGGUCCGGGGGCUCAGCACUAGACCCAAAGGUGCAGGCGCGCGAGCACAACCCAUGGCUGCGCUGGGCUGCGCGAGGCUGAGGUGGGCGCUGCGAGGGGCCGGCCGUGGCCUCUGCCUCUACGGGGCCAGAGCCAAGGCCGCGAUCCCUGCCGCCCUCCCCUCGGACAAGGCCACCGGAGCUCCCGGAGCCGGGCCUGGUGUCCAGCGGCGGCAACGGAGCUUAGAGGAGAUUCCACGUCUAGGGCAGCUGCGCUUCUUCUUUCAGCUGUUCGUUCAAGGCUAUGCCCUGCAACUGCACCAGUUACAGGUGCUUUACAAGGCCAAGUACGGUCCAAUGUGGAUGUCCUACUUAGGGCCUCAGAUGCACGUGAACCUGGCCAGUGCCCCGCUCUUGGAGCAAGUGAUGCGGCAAGAGGGCAAGUACCCCGUACGGAAUGACAUGGAGCUAUGGAAGGAGCACCGGGACCAGCACGACCUGACCUAUGGGCCGUUCACCACGGAAGGACACCACUGGUACCAGCUGCGCCAGGCUCUGAACCAGCGGUUGCUGAAGCCAGCGGAGGCAGCGCUCUAUACAGAUGCUUUCAAUGAGGUGAUUGAUGACUUUAUGACUCGACUGGACCAGCUGCGGGCGGAGAGCGCUUCAGGGAACCAGGUGUCGGACAUGGCUCAACUCUUCUACUACUUUGCCUUGGAAGCUAUUUGCUACAUCCUGUUCGAGAAACGCAUUGGCUGCCUGCAGCGAUCCAUCCCCGAGGACACCGUGACCUUCGUCAGAUCCAUUGGGUUAAUGUUCCAGAACUCACUCUAUGCCACCUUCCUCCCCAAGUGGACUCGCCCCGUGCUGCCUUUCUGGAAGCGAUACCUGGAUGGUUGGAAUGCCAUCUUUUCCUUUGGGAAGAAGCUGAUUGAUGAGAAACUCGAGGAUAUGGAGGCCCAACUGCAGGCAGCGGGGCCAGAUGGCGUCCAGGUGUCUGGCUACCUGCACUUCUUACUGGCCAGUGGACAGCUCAGUCCUCGGGAGGCCAUGGGCAGCCUGCCUGAGCUGCUCAUGGCUGGAGUGGACACGACAUCCAACACGUUGACAUGGGCCCUGUACCACCUCUCAAAGGACCCUGAGAUCCAGGAGGCCUUGCACGAGGAAGUGGUGGGUGUGGUGCCAGCCGGGCAAGUGCCCCAGCACAAGGACUUUGCCCACAUGCCAUUGCUCAAAGCUGUGCUUAAGGAGACUCUGCGCCUCUACCCCGUGGUCCCCACAAACUCCCGGAUCAUCGAAAAGGAAAUUGAAGUUGAUGGCUUCCUCUUCCCCAAGAACACCCAGUUUGUGUUCUGCCACUAUGUGGUGUCCCGGGACCCCACCACCUUCUCUGAGCCUGAGAGCUUCCAGCCUCACCGCUGGCUGAGGAACAGCCAGCCUGCUACCCCCAGGAUCCAGCACCCAUUUGGCUCUGUGCCCUUUGGCUAUGGGGUCCGGGCCUGCUUGGGCCGCAGGAUUGCAGAGCUGGAGAUGCAGCUACUCCUGGCAAGGCUGAUUCAGAAGUACAAGGUGGUCCUGGCCCCGGAGACGGGGGAGUUGAAGAGUGUGGCCCGCAUUGUCCUGGUUCCCAAUAAGAAAGUGGGCCUGCGGUUCCUGCAGAGACAGUGCUGAGCUGAGUCCCCACCUUGCUGGGGCUUGUCCUAGAGGCUCCAGCCCUGGCACAGUGGUUCCUGGCUGCCGCCAUGUCUCAGAUGAGGAGGGAGAGAAAGAGGCUGCCAGACUCGAGAGGUGGGAGGAACUCCCUGCACUUCCCACAGACCCUGAGCUUUUGCAACUUCUAUCAUUUUUGAGCAGCUCCCUCUCAGCUAAAAGGCCACCCCCUUAUCGCAUUGCUGUCCUUUGGUAGAAUACAAAAUAAAGGGACUUUUAUUUCUUAUUGGA